AUGGAUAAGAGUUGGAUGAAAAUUACCAAUAGAAGGUCGCAAGAAUAUUUAGAUGGAGUUCAACAAUUUUUGAAUUUUGCAUCUAACCAUGCACAUCCAGAUGGAACGAUUUCAUGUCCGUGUAGAAAAUGUGUGCAUACAAAUUCGUGGCCUAUAGAUGUUGUACAAGCUCACUUAGUAUCAAAAGGGAUUUGUAGGGGUUAUAAUCCUUGGAUUUUUAAUGGGGAAUCAUCGUCUGCAAAGACUUCUACUGAAAUUCCUAAUAGUUAUGUCCAAGAAAACCCGAUAGAGUAUGCUGAUCUUCGUGACAUGUUGCAUGACAUGUUUCCCAUAACAGAUAUGGCAUCUGGGCCAACGGAAGAAGUCCCUAGUGUGCACCAGCCCACAGAAGGUCCUAAUGAAGAUGCAGUUCAGUUUAUGAAAUUGCUUGAAGAUGCUAAUCAACCUUGUUAUGAAGGUUGUAAGCAUUUUAGCAAAUUGUCAGCCAUUGUGCAUUUGUACCACAUGAAGUGUCUUAAUGGUUGGACCAACAAAUCAUUUACCAUGUUGCUGCAAUUUUUGAUUGAUUUUGUUCCUUCAAAUGCUAAAUUGCCAAAAGAUUGUUAUGAGGCUAAGAAGAUUAUUAAGGAUCUGGGCUUGAGCUAUGAAAAGAUUCAUGCUUGCCCUAAAGAUUGUAUUUUAUACUGGAAGGACAAUGCCAACCUUGAAGCUUGUCCAAACUGUAACCUUUCAAGAUGGGAAAGUGAUGAGUCUAAAGGUCAACAAAGCACUAAUGCUUCCUCUAAGAGAAGAAAAAAGAAAGCUGCAAAGAUCCUACGGUGGUUUCCCUUAAAGCCAAGAUUGAAGCGACUAUUUAUGUCUCCUGAAACAGCCAAUCAUAUGAAGUGGCAUGCUAAUGGUCGUGUGAAUGACGGGUUAAUGAGACAUCCUGCUGAUUCUGAGGCUUGGAAAUCAUUUGACUCUAAGUACAUAGAGUUCUCAUCCGAGCCUCGUAAUGUAAGGCUUGGAUUAGCAGCCGAUGGAUUUAACCCGUAUGGAAAUAUGAGUACUACUCAUAGUACAUGGCCUGUCAUUUUGAUCCCAUACAAUCUCCCUCCAUGGAUGUGCAUGAAAAAGUCUUAUUUUAUGUUAUCAUUAUUGAUUCCUGGUCCAACCUCACCCGGGAAUGAUAUAGAUGUGUACUUACAACCUCUAGUAGAAGAACUGAAAGAGUUAUGGGAUGUUGGAGUAGAAACGUUUGAUGUGUCUUCCAAAAAAUCUUUUCAAAUGCAUGCUGCACUAUUAUGGACCAUAAAUGAUUUUCCUGCAUAUGGUGAUAUCUCGGGUUGGAGUACCAAAGGUUCUCUUGCAUGUCCCUCUUGUAACUAUGAUAAUCAGUCUCGUUGGUUAAGAUAUGGAAGGAAAUUUAGUUACAUUGGACAUAGGCGAUUCUUGGAUAGGGAUCAUAAAUUUCGUAAGCAAAAAAACUCAUUUGAUGGGCAUGUUGAUAUGAGAUCAGCUCCUAUUACAAUAUCCGGAGGGGAAAUCAUGUUACAAACGGAUGCUGUAGCCGAUCAUGUGUUUGGGAAGAAAAAAGUUAAUUUGACCAAUAAAAGAAAAAGAGGGGAGGAAUCAUUAACUGUGUGGAAGAAGAGAAGUAUACUUUUUACCUUGCCGUAUUGGGAGGACCAUAUGUUGCGUCACAAUCUUGAUGUGAUGCACAUUGAAAAGAAUGUAGUCGAUAAUAUAAUUGGUACAUUAUUGAACUUGGAUGGCAAGACAAAGGAUAAUUUGAAGGCACGUCAAGAUUUAAAGGAUAUGGGUAUAAGAAGUGGACUUCACUUGGAAAAGUUUGGGAAUGAUCAGACACGUAUGCCACAUGCUUGCUACCAUAUGAAUGCUAGUGAAAAAGAUGGUUUUUUGCAAGUUUUGAAAGAUGUAAGAGUGCCAGAUGGAUAUUCUUCGAACAUCUCACGUUGCGUUAAACUUAAAGAAUGCAAAAUUAGUGGGUUGAAGAGCCACGAUAAUCACAUCUUAAUGCAACAACUUUUUCCAAUAGCAAUACGCGGAUCUUUGCCCCCUGAAGUGAGUAGGAGUUUAAUUGACUUAUCUUGUUUCUUUAGGGAGAUAUGUUCUAAAGUACUAAAUGUGGAGGAACUUGGGGCUCUAGAGAAGAGAAUUGCAGUGACAUUGUGCGAGUUGGAAAGGAUAUUCCCUCCCUCUUUCUUUACAGUGAUGGUGCAUCUAGUCAUGCGUUUGGCUAGUGAAGCCAAAGUUGCUGGCCCAGUUCAUUAUCGUUGGAUGUAUCCUAUUGAGAGGUAA